AUGGCUGCCAUUCCCAUUCAGGCCCCGUCGCGACACGGGCCAAGAGACACCAUGAACAGCGGGCCGCUACCGUCUUUAUCAGGCCGCGAUGGCGGAUUCCCUCCAGGUCCCUUUGCGCCCAUGUCCCAUCGCAUCCCAUUUAACGACAACCUCUCGCCCUCGGCUGCUUCAAAUCCCAUGGCGAUACGCAACAGAGACACCGACUUCGCACCUCCACCGCUUCCUCCACCGCGCCUGGUGCCCAUCAACGGACCCAUCGACCCAAAGGAGCAUCAAAAGUGGGAGGGAAUGCGGAAGCGCGAUACCAACUAUGACGGGAGCGUAGAUAGCGGUUUGGGCAUGAGCCCCCACGACUUUCGCAGACGCGACUCGGACUACGACGAGACAUACCACAGCUAUGGCUCCAACAGAUCUACCACCCUCCCAUCCUUCAGCGCAAUCAGCCAGACCAUGAAGAGCUUCCGUCCAAGCCACGAGGCCAUUGACAAUUCCAUGCUCAACAGGCUCAACAGGCCCACCAUACGCCGCUCCGGUCUCAGCACAUCCCACAACGAACCCCCACCCCCUCGCGCCCAUCACGCUGACCUUUCGACGCUAUCUCUUCCCCACAGGUCCAAGCAGCCCUUCCUCGAUAUUGGUUACAGCAGGUCCCCCAUGUCGGCUACGUCGCCUGGACCUUCGCCGUUUGGCCACCCGGGACCUAUGGAUUACCGAUCCCCAUUGAGUGCCGCUGAUAGUACCGACCUUGAGCGUUCCCCGCGCUUGCACAGGCUGCACAGCACACAGUCCAUGACGGACAGUGAAGGACCAGGUCUCUCGCACGGCGGGCAUGAUUACGAGGGGCGCGACGAGGAUGUGGAUUUUCCCAUGGAGGAAACUACGCGGAUGCGCAGGCUAAAAAUAGAAGACCCCUGGAGGGAAAGGGAGCGCGAGAGGGAAAGCUACCAGCCGGGUCAGAAGCGUCGUGCAUCGUCGCCCCCAAGCGAUGAUGUGCCCAUGGCGAGCGAUUCUAUGCGGUGGCCUGGCCGGGAUGGGUCUGGCAUCUCGCGCGGAUCCCCCACACCCAGGCUGCUCUCUAUGCCUCAAAAUUCCACCUUCGGAGGCAGAUCCCCUGUGAGUCGCAGCGGAAGCUACAGCAGUAAUCUCACGACGAGUAGCAUGACGCUGGGCCGUCGUUCGCCGGGACUGAGCCCCAGCGGUCUCUCGCCGACGGAUCCGAUGAACUGCGGCAGCCCCUACGGCACACCGCUCAGCAUGACGGCUGGCUCGCCCAGGUCGGCAAUCGGGAUGGGCCUGGGGCGGUCAGCGGCCGCUGCGGCACAGCAGCCGACGGGAAGAAUCGCGCUGGUCCCCCCCAGAAAGGUGGCCGAGAUGCCCAAAAACGUCAAUGGGAGCAGCCUGGCCGCUAAGCUCAAGGGCCCUUACAUGUGUGAAUGCUGUCCCAAGAAGCCCAAGAAGUUUGAGACGGAAGAGGAGCUCCGCACACACGAGGCUGAAAAGCAAUAUGAAUGCACCUUUUGUGGAAACCGCUUCAAGAACAAGAAUGAGGCCGAGAGACAUCAAAACUCUCUACACGUGCGUCGGCAUUCUUGGUCUUGUUCAGCCCUGACGGGCUACGAGCGGGCCUUCCACGACAGCACGGCAACACCGGGUGAAGCCGACACGUGCGGAUACUGCGGAAAGGAGUUUGGACGCAACGGGCCAAACGCCAGCGUCACCGACGAGGACUGGGAGAAGCGGAUUCGCCAUCUCCAGGAUGUCCACAAAUUCCGCGAGUGCAAUGCCAGCAAGAAGUUCUACCGGGCCGACCACUUUCGGCAGCAUCUCAAGCACAGCCACGCCGGCACCAGUGGCAAGUGGACGAAUAUGCUCGAGAACGCGUGCAUGAUCGAAGAAGACGGUGUGAGUGUUGGUAGAUGA